UCGAGAGCGAGAGCACCAUGGACGCUCAGCUGUUGGAGUCGUGCAGCACCGAGGAGCUGUGCGCGCACACGGCCGGGAGCGUCGAGCUGCUGGCCGAGCAGUGCGCCAAGCUGCGGGACUGGCUACGGCAGCAGCCGCACCUGCCGCAAGACAUGCCGGAGCGCAGAUUGGAGUACUUCGUCAUCAGCACGAAGCACAGUCUGGAGCUGGCCAAGCAGAAGCUCGACGCGUACUACACGGUGAGGCGCCUCGUGCCCGAGCUGUUCGCCGAGCGCGAUCCCCUGGGCCAGGCGCUGGCGCGCCUCCCCGACACCCUCCAGUGGGUGUGUCUGCCGAAGCUCACGCCGGAACGCUACAGGGUCUCGAUCCUGCGCUCCAUCAACGAGGACGCCUCCAAGUUCCAGCCCUGGGACUUUUUCAAGUACAGCUUCAUGGUGGGCGACGUCCGCAUCUCCGAGUGCCGCAGCCUCGGCGACAUUUACAUUUACGACCUGCAGGCCAUGCGCCUCGGCCACCUCGCCAAGCUCACUCCGGCCGUCCUGAAGAAGUGCGAGGUCGCCGCCACGAAGGCCUACGGCGCGCGCAUCAAGGGCAUCCACUUCGUCAACGCACCCGGCUUCAUCGACCGCAUCGUCGCGCUCGUCAAGUCGGCCAUCAAGCCCAAGCUGGCCGCCAGGGUACACGUGCACUCCUCGGGUCUGCAAUCCUUGUACGAGUCGGUGCCCAGGGCCGUGCUACCGGCCGACUACGGCGGCGAGCAGCCCUCGAUGGACGAGCUCGACGGCCGGUGGCAGGAGAAGCUGGCCGAGUGGAGGGACUGGUUCCUCGAGCAGGAGCGGCUGCUGGUCGACGAGGAGCUGCGCCCCGGGCCGACCGUCAACGCCGACGACCUCUUCGGGUUCGCCGGCUCGUUCCGCAAGCUCGAGGUCGACUGAGCCGG